AUGACACUACCAGCACCAGAAGGGGACGACGACGACUUUUGGAAGAUUGCUCUAGAGGAGGAACCUACAAGCAACAGAGAGAAGAAUGGAGCGUGGGGCGAUGACGACGAUAGCAACGGUGAUGAUACCAUUGAUGGAUCGAAGCCUGUCGCCUAUCGGCUUCCUACCACCCAGGUAACCCUACAUCUUGAGUCUCUGGCGGCGUCCAAUGGCAUUUGGAGUCCAUUGGGAGCUGAUGCCUGGUAUGCUUCGGCAUUAUUAGCCAGUAUGGUGUUGACCAACAAAAUCCCGAUGCUACCAUCCACCAAGACGGUACUCGAACUUGGGAGUGGCGCCGUGGGAUUGUCAGGAUUGGCAUGUGCCGUUGCAAUGGCUCGGAAAGAAAACAUGGAUGAUCACCAUAGAAUCAUCCUGUCAGACAAUGAUCCUCCCGUUCUGGAGAGACUCAAGCUGAAUGCGGAACGAAAUCUUGAUGCAAUUCUUUCAUCCGCCUCAACACCGGAUGCAUUGUUGGAUAUUCAAGUGCAACAUUUGGACUGGAAUGAAGAGUGCGACGAAUCAUCACCAUUUCGGAAUUCGAUUGAUCUUGUCAUUGGAUCCGAGUUGGUCUAUACCCAAGAGACGGCAGAAGCCUGUUCCAAACUUUUAAAACAGCUACUACUAAACAACAACCAACGCGUCGAUAUUUGGGUGGUUCAAGUCACGGAUCGAUACGGGUGGUUGGAUGUCGUGGUGCCUCGCUUGAAAUCUUUGCAGCAUGUAUCGGUUGUUUCGGUUCCAAUUUCUAGUGACACUCACGAAUUGGCAGCUUCUAUGAUUCCAACGGGUGGUAUCUUGGACCGAUAUGCCUAUGGUGCCUUUCAUAUUCAGAGACAAACAAGCGGACUUGAUUCUUGA